UGAUUUUAUUGUUAAAAUUAAAAUAUUGAAAAAAAUUCAAUGAAUAUUCCAGUGAUAUUAAGGGAAUAUUCCACAGUUAUAUUGAUUUUUUAAAGUAAUAAAAUCAUGGAAAUGUGUUAUAAAUUGUUAUUUGAAUAUUCCCUUAAUGGCACUUGAGUUGGGUUCUUAAAAAUAUGUUUCAAAAAAUUAAAAUUUAAUAAAACUAUUAUAACCAGCUUAAGGUCAUGUGAUCGUUGAAAUUCCAUAUGAAAUUGUUUUCCAUAUAGAAUUUCUCGUAAAAUAUUCGAUAGAUUGAGUUGACAAAAUAUUAAUAUAAUUUAGCGCAUUACAAAUAAUCUUUAUUCUAUUUUUAAUCUCACUACAAAAUUUUACCUUAAUCCAUCGAGUAUUUUGUGAGAGAGUUGCUGAGUAUAAUGACAAAUGAAGUCAGAACAAUCACAUGGCCUUAAGGCUGUGUCCAUAUAAUGGGCUUCUUAUGUAAACAUUAGAGAAGAAAACAAAAUGAAUACAAUAGAUUUUUUAUGAAUUUUCUUGUAUUCGUUAUAUAUUCUAUGCUAUUUAAAAAAUUCUUUUUAAUAAUUUUAUAUUUUAUUUAUUUAUAUUCUUUUACAAUAUAUUAUAUAUAUAUAUAUAUAUGAGGAAGCAAAUUGAUUUUUUCCUAAUUCUACCUAUAAAAAGAAAUAUUUUUUCUAAACAACAACUGUUCUCGAAUUAUUUUAUUAAUUAAAGAAAGGGCUAUUUUUUAAACAAUUGACCAUAUAUAUCUUUGCUAAAAAUUAUUGUAUCUAAUUUUUAAAAAAAUCUUUUUUUUAGACUUUUAUAAAAAAAAUGUUACGUAAAUUUUUUCUUUUGACAAAUAUAUGAUAAUUUAAAAAACUUCAAUAACCAAUUUUAUUUGUACCAACAGAUAAAAUGGAAUCCAUCUUUAAUUUUGGAACAAUCAUGACCUCCUUUGUGACUCCAACAGCUGAUGAUGUAACCCCUCAUCGGCAGCUUGAAGAUUUUGGUUCUGGAUCGGUGACGUCCAACAAUUUUGGGACCGCUGAAGCGAUUGUUCAGGAGGAGAAUCUGUUUUUGGAGCAAGCCGAAAUAUUAGAGAAGGCAAUUUCUAAAAUUGAAAUGAAAAAUGAACUUGCGGCAUUCGACGUUACAACAACUUCGACGCAGUUCUGCAAUUCAAAGUCAAGGAAGCGGCAAAGUAGUUAUGAUGAUGAUAAACUAUUUCUACUUUUAGCUGCUGAAUUGGCAAAAUUGAAGGAUGAAUUAAUAUUUCAUCCGGAAAUUGAAAUGCAGAACAAAGCUGCAACUCCAAAUCGGCUUAAUUCAAUGAAGAUUCAAGCGAAAUCUGAAGUCCAAUUCAAGAAGGAGCAUCAGAAAAGGAAAACGCCUUGCCAACAUAAGAAUUGCCAAAAACGGCACGUGCGAAAUCCUCAACAAGAUCGCUUCUGGGCGGCUAAAAUGAUAAGACCUGAUGUAUCGAUGCCUUCUCUGUAUAGCAAUUCUGCUGUGCAAAUGGCUGAACCCCAGAAUGCUAUACAUAUUUUCCAUUCCUUCUCUACCUCUGAACAAUUUCAACAGCAAUUUCCCUUCUUUCCUACCUUUGAUCAAAUUGAUCCACAAUCUUCUUCCUUGCAAUCCCAAAUAAAAAUUCUUCAACAAUAUUUCCAGUCCCCACAUUUUCCUCAGCAAAUUGAUCCAGUAGAUAACUUCCACGUACCUCCAGUAAAAGAAAUUUACUCUAUUCCACAAGGCUUCCAUGUAAUUCAUUAACAUAAAGUAAAAUACUUAAAAAAUUUUAACUUUGUAAAUAUGUAAUUUUUUAAGCAAAUUAUAUUAGUAUUUGUAUAAAUUAAUGUAUUUUUUUCUUUUUUUAACUGUAUGCUAUUAUAUUUAUUUUAUUAUUAAGUAUUUACAUCUAUAUUAUUAUUUAAUUUAUUUUGUAAUAUUAUUACGUAUCUUAUUUUCAUUUUGUAUACAAAUAUUAUUUUGUAUUCAAAUAU